AUGAAGUGGAUAUAUUUUCUUCUUUUUUUAACUUUCGUUACCGUUGCAAAAUUAGAUUUGAAUGAAUUUCAAAUUCAAUCAAAUGAAGCUUUACAAUUUCUUUUUCGUUCUCGGCGUAGUUUUCUUCAUCCAGGCAAGACAAAAUGCGAAGAACAAAAACGUGAAGCUCGUAAAGCUUAUGAAGAAAAAUGUUCACUAUUAGGUAAACGUUUUUGUCCAAAAUUAAGUACAUGGAGAGAGUUUCAACAAUGGGAAAUUGGUGGUGGUUAUGAAAGUAAACGAAAUCCAUUGCCAACACAACCACCAACGCCACAAAUGCAUACAAUGCGUACACAUCACACACGUCUUUACACACCAGCAACAUUACGUACACAUAAAACACCAAUGUUUGGACCGGUGACAAUGCGACAACCUUAUCACACACCUCCGUAUACAAAUGAAUUCGUGACACGUAAUCCUUUUGAAGAUUAA